GGUGGAGGUAGAUAGAGAUUAUAUUUUCCUAACCCUUGAUCACGAAUCUUUCCUCAUAGAUCAGGUGGAUGACACGAAAAAAAAAUCUACUUAGAAAUUAUCACAUCUUCAACCCGGCCAACACAUGGUCCGGUGCAUCCUUCAUUGUAAGUUGGAUGACUCUGUGAAAUGUGGAGCAGUAAUUAUUGUUUGUAGUUACUACUUAUAAAACCCAUGGCGGAGAAAAAAGACUGGAGCAAGUUAUCGACAAAGGAGCUGUUGGAAAUGCUACAAAGACAAGAAAAUCUUGUUAAUAAGAAGUUCUUGCAAAGCCUACCUGACAAAGGCAAGAAGAUAAUCGAGACAGUCAAACGACUCAAGGAUCUGAUUUCUCAGAGGGAAAAGUUAGAACUUCAAGAUAUCGAUGCACAGUUUGAGAAGUUGACAGUGUCACAGCCUGUCCAAAAAACAAGAGUUGAUUUGUUAGACAGUGAUGAUAGUGAUGAUAAUGAUAGAAUGCUGUCAGGCUCCGAUCACCAAGACACUGCUAAUGUAAAUAAGCAAUCAAGUGGGAGUCAACAUGAGGAAGCAAUGGAUUCAAAGUCUUCAAGUGGAAGAACAUGGGAUUACAAGUCAGCUGCAACACCUGCAACAUAUAAGUUUGAGAUAGCAAAGCCAAUUUCGUUAGAAGAAUCCUUUAAACUUCAACAAGAACAAGAGAAAAGACGAAAGGAUCUUCAAGCUCAACAAGCAACAAUGAAGCUUAGAGAACAAAGCUAUCAGGUUGGAACAAACCACUCAACGCAAGUUUCAAAUCCUCUUCAAUAUCAAGAAACAGUUCUGGAGAAUCACUCAAGUGAUGACAGUGACCCUGAAGAAUAUAAUGCAAGGCCCUUUAAAAUGGACAGUGAGGAUGAUGGUGACUAAAGAAACCAUAGAAAACUAUGUAUCACUGUAAGCUUAUAAAGUAUAUAUUAUGUAAAUAACAAUUUAUUUUUACAGAUUUUGUUUUGGUAGUUAUUUACUUUGCUGAAUUACCAGCAAAACAAACUGUACAGCAUCACUCAUUAGACAAUAAGCUAAUGAAGCUUUUUUUCGAUAUUUGUAUUGGUUCCUGAGAAAAUCUAUCUAAAGCAAAAUAUGCAAAUCAAGAUCCCAGAUGAAAGCCCACAGCUAAAAUCAACACUCUGCUGGAGGCCUUUCCAAUAGUAACACCUUUUGCUCUUUGAACAGGUUCCCCUAGAACAUUCUUCCAGUCAUAUAAUGCAUUAUUUUUAAGAUGUCACAUUUUUUCAGAAAAUUAAACUUAACUACUUCCUCUUACUAAAGAGCAAAAAUUUUCUUUCCUGUACACAGGCAUAAGAAAUUUUUAAGUCUUUAAAUAGAAUUCCUGAAAAGUCAAAUGGUCUCCAAGUUUGUUAAAGUUCACAUGCUCAUGGCACCACUUCUUGUCAUGUUCCCAGAAUCAGCUUCUGUUUCUGGUAUUGCUUUUACUUCCAUACUUGGUUCCUCUAUCUUUGUGCUUGAUGGUGGCUUUCUGAUUGGCUUUUUACUGUUUCCAGCAAUUAUUAGACUUCCAGGAACAUUUACAUAAAGACGUACCCUAAACAAAUUCAUGAAAAACAAGCUUACAUCAUGGAUGCAGUGAAUGGAACAACUGUCGCAGAUAGAGUAACCACAUAGAAAGAGAAUUAAACAAAAAACAUGAAACAUUUAACUAAAUGAUGUGUUAACCCUUAACCCCCAACAUCUGAUUGUUAAUUCUCCCCUAAAGCUGUUUGACAUUUCCUUGUAAAUUAGUUACAAGAGUUUGGUGUUAGAUCAAGAUAACAACUUUUACUUGAUAAAAGUGUUCUCAUUACUUGUUUACUAGAUAAUGUAUGGACAUUAU